AUGGAUCCACCACCUGUGCCACCUCUCCCCAACGCCACCACCACUAUUGCCAAUCCCACCACUAACCAUCUGAACUACCCCGACUCUGUCGGUUCCUCCCCCCGCUCCCAUCCAACUGACAGUACAUUCAAUGAGACUCUCCCGCCUGUUCCAGGUGCUAAGCUCCGCCUAAUGUGCAGCUAUGGAGGUCACAUAAUCCCCCGUCCGCAUGACAAAAGUCUCUGCUAUGUAGGCGGUGAGACACGAAUGGUAGCGAUUGACCGCCAGUCUUCUCUCUCCAUCCUCUUCUCCCGCCUUUCCCGAACUCUCCUCAAUGGUCGUUCCUUCACUCUCAAGUACCAGCUGCCUCAUGAAGAACUUGACUCUCUAGUAUCUGUAGCAACAGAUGAAGAUCUUGACAACAUGAUAGAAGAAUAUGACCGCAUAACUGCAUCAUCAUCAGCUUUAUCACCUUCUCGCAUCCGCUUGUUUGUUUUCUUUAACAAGCCUGAAACUGCAGCCUCUAUGGGAUCCCUUCUUGAUGACGCAAAGUCGGAGACAUGGUUUGUGGAUGCGCUUAAUGGUUCAGGAUUAAUUCCGAGAAACCUGUCAGAUUCUGCUACCAUGGAUUGCUUAAUGACUCUUGACAAUGAUCAUGACUUGGAGGCUCAGGCAGAAAGUGUUGAAGCAGAGACCAAGAAAGCUAAGAAUGAACUAUUGCAUGAAGUGCACACCACACAAUCUGAUUCCCCCGUGGUGGAGAAGAAUUCAUCAUUUGGUUCAUCUUCUUCCUCCCCUUCAAUGUCCAACCUGCCGCCCAUUCGGGUUCGUGUGGAGGAUUCAAGAGUUGGAGUUGAGGAGCAGUUUGGACAAAUGACUUUUGCUCAAGUUGUACAGAAACAUGACGACGGCUAUGGUCUUUUAUCUGCUCCUCCACCUCCAAUUCCUAUAUCACUAGCUGCAGUUGGGACUGCAAUAUCCACUAAUCCUGCAGGUGGGUCUAGUGAUCACUUGAAUAGGCUUUUAUCAGAUGAUGAGAGGUCGGAUCAGGGUGUUCCAGUUAGUUUUCGCAAACCACCACUUCCUGUACUGCAGCCCGUGCAACACAAGGGUGGUACUGGUACCUGCUACAAUUUGCCUUCCCCGGAUUCAGUUGCAAGUGACAGUAGUACUGCAUCUGCAAACUCUCUUUCAAAGCACACGUAUUAUCAAGAUCAAGCUCAUGCUGCACCCAGAGACAACAGAGCUCCGGAUAACAAAGGUGAUAUUCCAAUUUCAAGCUCUCAAAUCCAGACGCAACAAGUUCAAGAUUCUGGUUACGCAUUGCCUCCACAACUUGAUCGGCAGCAGCAGCAACCAUUUGCACCAGCCAACACACACUUCUUCCCUCACCCCGCCACAACUCCGGUGCCGAUGACAUCUUACUACCCAGUUUAUGCUUCUCCUUCACAACAGCCUCCUCUUCCAAUCGAUCACCAAUAUCCUGUCUACUUAAUGCAAGUUAAUCAACCACAACAAUACAUGUCCAUGCAAACUAACAUGGUAGACACUACUGCAGUUGUAGCCACGAGCCACCCAGUAACACCACCCACUGCAGCCUAUAUGGACUCACAUCCACCCAUUUACCCCACAAAGACUGGCGCUACCUCAGCUAAGCCUGAAAUGGCUGCUCCUGUGUAUAGAACAGCAGUGCCCUCAACUCAUCCAUUAGUCCAAGUCCCAGCCAAUCAGUUUCAGCAACAAUAUGUCGGUUACUCUCAAAUGCAACAUCCAAGUCAGUCCAUUGCUCUUCCUCCUGCUGCUGCUGCUGCUGCUAAUUAUGCUUAUUCUGAAUAUGCAAAUGCCACACAUGACCAAGUGUACUACACUCCUAGUCCUCAAGUUGCUCCAUUGCGUCCUCAGUACCAAUCCAUGAACCCAGCUGCAGUAGUAGCAUUAGCAGAUGCUUCAAAACAGAGCAAUGCAAUGCAACAGAAUGAUGGAACUUCACAGCCACUAUAA